AGAGAAUUUACUGAAUUAUUAGAUAAGGAUUUUGCUUUAAAAAAUGUGAUCAUUAUGGAAGUGGGUUGUGGUGUGGGUAAUUUUAUUUUUCCUUUAAUUGAAGAAGGUUUGGAUGUAUUUUUUAUUGCAUGUGAUAUCUCUCCAAGAGCUAUAGAUAUUUUAAAGAAGAACAAGUAUUUCGAUGAGAAGAAAAUAAAUGCUUUCCAAAUAGAUAUCACUACUGAAGACAUAUUUAACAGAUUAGAACUAAAUUCUGUAGAUAUAGCUACAUUAAUUUUUGUUUUGUCUGCAAUUCAUCCUGAUAAGUUUGAAUUAGCAGUGAAAAACAUUUAUAAAUUAUUGAAACCAGGUGGACUGGUUUUAUUCAGAGAUUAUGGAUUGUAUGACAUGGCACAGAUUCGUUUUAAAUCAGGGCACAAGAUUGCUGAAAACUUCUACAUGAGGCAGGAUGGCACAAGGAGUUAUUACUUUUCUAUAGAGCAUGCUUCAAGAAUAUUUACUAACCAGGGAUUUAAAUUAAUGACCUGCACUUAUGUGCAUAGAAGAACUGUAAACAAAAAAGAAAAUAUAGAUGUCCCUAGAAUAUUUGUCCAAGCAAAAUUUUCAAAACCUGGUCCAGAUACUUAAUCCUUUGUCUAAAGAUGAAAUAAAUGUAUAUUGUGUUAAUGGAAUAUCUGGUAAUUGAUUAUUUUUAUUAACAA